AGCGCCGGAAGUGGGUGAGGUUUCGGCAAAGACCCCGGAAGCGGCGGCGUCUGGUUUUUUUUUGCUGCGGCUUCUGACUCCGGCCUUGGGAUGGGUUGCGACGGAGGAACAAUCCCCAAGAGGCACGAGCUGGUGAAGGGGCCGAAGAAGGUCGAGAAGGUCGACAAAGAUGCCGAGCUGGUGGCCCAGUGGAACUACUGUACUCUCAGUCAGGAAAUCCUGAGGCGUCCGAUCGUUGCCUGUGAACUUGGCAGACUAUAUAACAAAGAUGCUGUCAUCGAGUUCCUGUUGGACAAGUCUGCUGAAAAAGCUCUGGGGAAGGCAGCAUCACACAUUCGGAGCAUCAAGAAUGUGACAGAACUCAGGCUUUCUGACAACCCUGCCUGGGAAGGAGAUAAAGGAAACACCAAGGGCGACAAGCAUGACGACCUCCAGCGAGCACGGUUCAUCUGCCCUGUGGUGGGCUUGGAGAUGAACGGCCGGCACAGGUUUUGCUUCCUUCGAUGCUGCGGUUGUGUGUUUUCUGAGCGUGCCUUGAAAGAGAUCAAAGCUGAAGUUUGCCACACGUGUGGGGCUGCCUUCCAGGAGGAUGACAUCAUUGUGCUCAACGGCACCAAGGAGGACGUGGAGUUGCUGAAGAGGAGGAUGGAAGAGAGGCGGCUUCGGGCCAAGCUGGAGAAGAAAUCAAAGAAACCCAAGACAGCUGAGUGUGUUUCAAAGGCGGGCGUCACAGACGACUCUGCAGGGCCAUCAAAAGUGAAGGCUGGCAGGCCUGAAGAGGCAGAGCCUGAUCCUAAAGAGAAGAAAAGCACCUUGGCUUCCAGGGGCACAGCAGCUAGUGGGGGUGCUGGGAAAGCCGGGAAGGCCCCAUGUGCGGCCCUGAAGCGGUCCAUCGCAGACAGCGAGGAGUCGGAAACGUACAAGUCCAUCUUCACGAGCCACAGCUCCGCCAAGCGCUCCAAGGAGGAGUCUGCCCACUGGGUCACCCACACGUCCUACUGCUUCUGAAGCAGGAGCACCGCCCUCCCUGCAGGGCUCCUCCCCUGUGGCCUCCGGUGCCAGCUUGCCCACUGCUAUAAAGCUCUCCUCUGCAAUCUUUGACCUGCGUGGUCACUUGUUGUGAGGUGUGGGUCCAGGGAGGAGGUGGCAGCUUGCCACGUGGCGGGCAGCCUUUCCCACGCGCUGUGCCUCUUGCUUAGCCUGGUGACUCCGCUGCUUUCACUUAGGCAGCAGAAGGACGCCGGGUUCCUCACUACACCGUCGGCUCAUUUUCUAAAAUUGUGAUGGGUCAAGGAAACAGACACUGGGCUUAGGGACAGACUUCCAGCUGUCAGCCCUUACUCCUGGUGGGGUUCUUGUCUGACACAGGGACAUCAGAGAGGAAUCAGACCCUGACUGAUAUAAAAUAAAGCCCCUUUCUCUCAUCUCUUCCUCCUCUCUCUUCCUCUUACAUCUUGGUAAGAAAACGGCAGCCAUCAAGGUGACGGGCGGACAGGAACGAUGCCUUCUCCAUCUUCACAGCUAUAAUAGAACCUGUGUGAGAUAGUUCGUGGGAACAGGGUAGAGCUGCAUAAAGCCCUGCUCCUGGGCUGGGCAGAUGGCUCGCUCAGUGGACGAAGCACUCACCAUGCACACUUGCAGACCAGAGUUUGGACCCCCAGAAUCGUAGGCGAGGUGAGCACAGUGGCCCUAGCCCUUGUAUGGCAGAGAUGGAAUCCCCAGGCAAGGUGCUUAGGAGCUUAGAGUUCCGGGAGGACCUGUCUAAGUAACUAGAAUAGAGUACAACUGAGAAGCUGCCCAGUGUCAACCUCAGGCCUCCACUCGUGCCUCCAAGAGUGCAACACAGACACCCUAGAGUCCCUGCUCCCAAGCCAAGCAUGGUGGCAGUGUCUAAUCAAAGCCCUCAGGCUGAGGCAGGGAAAUCGCUGAGGUGUCAAAGCUGUCCUGGGUUACAUGGGAAGAGCUUGCCUUAGGAAACAACCCAGAGACAAGCAGCUACCCACCUGCCCUAGGUUCUCUGCUUGCACUAGAGGCUUCUGGGGCCGUGUUAGCAGGUGUGUAGACGUGGGCAAGUGUGACAAGCUGUGAGAUGAGUAUUGUCAGAGAGAACCUGGGAUGUGUGACCUGUGUGCUUAGAAACGAAAAUAAAGACUGUAGAGAUA